UGGCGCCGGUGAUGACGCCGUUACAAACACGGAGCCAGGUUAAAAGGGGACAACGGGGUGACAGCCUCUUUGCCAACCCGGUCACGCCGGUGACCUCUGGUGCAGCAGAGCGCCCACCCAGCGCAAACACGCCGUGCCUAUUUAGGGGCAGGGGCCGGCGGAAAAGCCAUCCUGUAAUAAGCGGCUCCCGAGCAGCCACACGGCGCCGGUACCGGAGGGAAACAUGCCGCAGUGCGACACGGGCUCGCUGGCGAGGGACGGCCCGCGGGGACCGGUCAGCGCCGCGGUGGCGGCGGCCGGAGCCCUCCCGAAGCGUGUGAAGGUGGUGGAGGUGGGGCCGCGCGAUGGGCUGCAGAACGAGAAGAUCGUCGUACCGACCCCGGUGAAAAUCAAUUUAAUCAACAUGCUGGCCGAGACGGGGCUUCAGGUCAUAGAGGCCACCAGCUUCGUUUCCCCCAAGUGGGUUCCUCAGAUGGCUGACCACACCGAAGUCAUGCAAGGAAUUACCCAGUUGCCUGGUGUUAGUUACCCUGUGCUGACCCCGAACCUGAAGGGAUUUCAGGCUGCGGUGGCAGCAGGAGCCAAAGAAGUGGCGGUCUUUGGAGCAGCGUCCGAGCUCUUCACGAAGAAGAACAUCAACUGCUCCAUAGAUGAGAGUCUGGAGCGGUUCAGUGAAGUGAUGGCAGCAGCGAGAGCAGCCAACAUUCCUGUCCGUGGAUACGUUUCCUGUGUCCUCGGCUGUCCCUAUGAGGGGAAGAUUUCUGCAGCUAAAGUUGCAGAGGUCUCGAAGAAGAUGUACUCGAUGGGGUGCUACGAGAUUUCCCUCGGUGACACCAUUGGCGUUGGGACCCCGGGGAGCAUGAAGGAGAUGCUGACAGCUGUCAUGAAAGAGGUGCCAGUUGGGGCUCUGGCUGUUCACUGCCAUGAUACCUACGGGCAGGCUCUUGCCAACAUCUUGGUAGCACUUCAGAUGGGUGUGAGCGUGGUUGAUGCUUCUGUCGCUGGCCUUGGAGGCUGCCCCUAUGCCCAAGGGGCAUCAGGAAACGUUGCCACGGAGGACUUGGUGUACAUGCUGCACGGGCUGGGCAUCCACACGGGUGUGGAUCUGCAGAAGCUGAUGGACGCGGGCGCCUUUAUUUGCAACGCUCUCAACAGACGAACCAAUUCCAAAGUGUCCCAGGCCUCUUGCAGACUGUGAUACCAAGUGGAGUCUCUCCUUGGACCAAGAAGAAAGCAAGGAUCCCGCUUGGUUGGGUUUCCCCUCUCUUCUGCUGCCUCUGAGCAUCGGUGCUCUUUCCAGACUGGGAGGAAAUGCAUAAUCCACCGGAGCCAGUGAAGAAAGGGAAAGAAACAAACCCCAAGAAUACUGUAUGCACCCUGGAUGCCAUCAGCCACCUGCCUUAGGGAAGGGAGGAUGUGGUGGGCUGAGGGAGAAGUAGUGGCCACACCACUUGCCUGGGAGCUGUGGGCUCCAGCACCAGCUCAGGACAGUGUCUGGUGCCUCCUGCCUUGAGAGUGUUUCCAUAAACAACCAGAGAGGAUAAACCACAGCUCAGAGCCCGGCCCUGGCUCAGGCUCGACCUUUCUUCCCUUCUGUCUCCUCACUACAACUGUUAAGACUGAAACCAAAGGACUCCCCUUCCUCCUUCAAGUGCCGGGGGCAGCCUUGGACCUUCUGUCUUAUCAUUUAGGGGUUGUCACACUGGGCUGUAUCUGUUGUAAGGUACUUGUAACUACCAGGAGUAACGAACACAUUAUUUAAUAUUCUAAACUAUUAGGAGUUGGGUUGAAUUAAAUGAGCUGAAGAGCUUUU